AUGCUUACCAGGGGGCGGCUUAGUGAGGAUAUCACGGAUAUAGUUCAGAACGCUUUUGAGAAUGCUGUUAUUCGCGUUGGCGGUUCAUAUCAAGCAGUGUUACCUCCCCUCGAGGAAAGAGUGGAAGAGGCUCUUGCGGCGACUCCGGAUCGCGAGACGUUGCAUUGGCGGCCUCUUCCUCGCACAGAUGACGAAGAAUUGAAGAACUAUCUUGAUGUUGCAACGACGCAACACUGUUAUUCAGAGGAGCAAGCGUUGGCCCUCUUGACAUGGCAUAAGUUUAACUUUGAACGAGCUUCAGCGGACUUAGUCAACUUUUCUCCUAUUCGUUUUGACUGGACCCACCGCGAACGACGCGUUUUCUUUGCUGCGAUGGACUUCUAUUGCAAACAGUUCCAUAAGGUUAAAAAACUCUUCCCAAGACGCCGGACAACCGAAUUGGUGCUCUUCUACUACUUAAACAAGCGAAAUCAACAGACGCUCUAUGAACUCACUCUGCACGGACCUCAGUGGGCGGCUCUUCAUGCUAAUGGAUUCUUAAAGAGUAAAUAUUCUCUUCAGUGCAUCGAGGAUCAAUUAACCCUGAAGGAUCUGCUAGGACCAAAUGAGCAAUCGCCGAGUGAUGUCGUUGAUUUGUCCGAUCCGAUCGAAAGUGCCAUCGCCCGCUACAUAGAGGAUUUGAGUGGAUUCACCCAACACCUUCCCAACUCUGCAUCAACAUCCUCAUCGGUUAUCGUUCAGCCAGAGGAAGUCGAUGACGCCGAUGAGGUGGGUAGCAAUCAGACUAGCAAUGCAUCAAGCACAACCACAAAGACCACGUCGGUUAGGCGCCUCAGGAAACGCGGACGACAACGUGGUGGUGGUAGCGCCAACCAGCAUGGCGCGGGUGAUGUUCCCUCGUCGGCACCGCUAUCCAAUCAUCAGGUGCGAAUUGAUUCCCUCGGCACCAUGGUAACCCACGGUGGUUUGCCCUCACAUGCCUCUGUGUGCACUUCAACGUCCAAAGUCCAAACCAGGAUUGAGGCCGAGUUGGUGACGAUGUCUAAGGCCAUGGCCAGAGAUCCCCAACAUACCUCUGCUAGCUCAUCUUCCUCUGAGCCAGAUAACGCCAAAAAACGAAGUGCCAAACGCCUCCGGAAAGUCGAUGAUUCUGAGGAUGAGGAGAAUGAAAAGAGGCAGUUUCCCCCCAAACGAUAUUCCAGGUUCAGCCGAAAACGCGGCAUUGUGCAGUCUGCUUUAAACAGUAAAUCUCUCAGUCAAAUCGCCAUCACAGGCCCUGAUCAGAAGCCGCCCCAAAGGGCCAGUCAGAGGAAACGAGUGUCCGUCAAUCUAAUCACAACAAUCGAUAACAUUCCCACGUUCUCCUCGACAGCCGUGGAGCCGAACGAAACCCACCCUCGCCGCCAACCGACGCCGAGCCUCGAGGUGCCGCAAGACGCCAACCCCCCGGUGGCAACCGAAGACGGCGACUGCGCUGGUCAGAUGGAAGCUCAGGACUCUCAGUCGGCUGAGGACCUCCAAGACAUGGAAUCCGUCUUGGUCAGCGACAUCUUGAAAAUGCGGCCGCCACAGCUGUCGCCGAAUCCUGAGUGGACCGAGGCUGAGCUGAAUCUUGCUGUGCAGAGCAUAGCUGAAUUGGGUCGUGAUUACUACGGUGUCGCAGAGCGUCUGGUUAACAAGUCGGCCGGAAUGGUGGCGAACUUGUUUGAAACCCAUGGGAGACAACUGCGGCUUCACGAGGCCGUGGCAUCUCUCACCCCCGCUGUAUGA